CACAAAUCUCACAUAUUCAACUGCCAUAACCAAGAGACAUGACAGAGCACCCAGAGACUGAUAAUGAUAAUGGAUACAACUAUGAGGACUACUACAAUACAGACGAAACUGUACCAGCGUGUAACAAUGGCAACACAAAGGCUUUCAGUGAUGUUUUUCUUCCAACCCUGUACAGCAUAGUCUUCAUCAUCGGUUUCAUCGGAAACGGCCUGGUAGUGUGGAUCCUGUUCAGACACCGUCAGAAAUCCAAGAUGACAGAUGUGUGCCUUUUCAACCUAGCCUUAUCUGACCUACUCUUUCUUGUGUCACUCCCCUUUUGGGCUCAAGGAGCUAUGGCUGAGUGGAUCUUUGGCAAAUUCAUGUGUCACAUCAUAACAGGUCUAUACAUGAUGGGUCUCUACAGCAGUAUCUUCUUCAUGGUCCUUAUGACAGUGGAUCGCUAUGUCAUCAUAGUCCAUGCCCACAGUAUCAUUUCCAGAAAUCGGUCUGUAAAAAUGGGAUUGGUUCUGGCCUCAUUGGUGUGGAUACUCAGCCUGUUUGCAGCUCUCCCUAAUAUUAUUUUUGCCCAGUUGAGGGAUGAGAAUAAUCGAACAUCAUGCAGAUAUGAUUUUCCAAGUCAAGCCUGGAAGUCAUUUACUUACCUUUUACUGAACAUCCUGAGUUUGAUUCUCCCUCUUAUUAUAAUGGGCUUCUGCUAUGCAAGGAUCAUCCCAAUUCUGCUCCAUAUAAAAUCACAAAAAAGGCACAAAGUCAUCAGACUCAUCCUGGCUGUGGUGGGUGUUUAUUUCCUUUUCUGGACACCAUACAACAUUGUUACGUUCCUUUCCUUCCUUCAAUUUCACAACUACCUGCUGUCUUGUGAGUGGCAUCAAGGUUUGAGCUUGGCCAUGCAAUGGGUAGAAACUAUAGCCUUCAGCCACUGUUGCCUCAACCCCAUCAUCUAUGCCUUUGUUGGAGAGAAGUUCAGAAGAGAAGUCUUUAAGGUCUUAAAAGAGCAGUUUCCAGUGUGCUUCAGCCAUUGCUCAACUUUAUCACGAGAGUUAUCUGAACGCAGAAGCUCAGCCUUCUCCAGAUCUUCAGAAUAUUCCACCACACGGAUUGCAUAGUGCGCUGCUGGCAUGAUUCAAAGUGAUACUGUUCAUUCCUUCAGAGUAAAAUUGUUAUUUUCAUUCUGAAUCGCUUCUAUUUCUCUCAAUCCAAAAAUGCCAUUUCUACUAUGUGCACUGUAUAUAUUUGAAUGUUUUCAUUGUUUUGUAUUUUUAAGUGUUUUGAUAGCAUUAUUGACAUACGUGAAGUCUAAGUUUGACUCUCAUGAUAAUGCAGAAGUUGAAAUUAGUGCUGUUGCCGAGGCUAAAGAUUUUAUUCUCUGUUUCUGUGUCCUCACAUUUCAGAUUUGCAAAUGCUGCAGAUAAUGCUUUUGAGACAAAUGAUUUCAUCAGCGAUUUUAAAUAAGUUCACUAAUUUAUUUUUAUUAGGGGAUUUAAAACAAAUAAACAGACAAACAAAAAAAGCCUUUAAGUUUUUUUAAGUUUUGAAGAAAUAUAUUUAGGUUAGUCUAUGUUUUAAGUUUUUCUUGUUGUUUCUUUAGUGUUUUGCUAAGUGGGUUGCUUUUUAAUAAUAAUAAUAAUAAAAAAUCUUACUCA